UGUUGGCAAGUUUUAUUCUUCGAGGUGUGCUAGAAAAAAAAGUCAAAAUCGUUCUUUCAAGAAGUUGCGUCACCCACAUGUUCUGUUUGAAGUGAAAUAAAGCCUGCAAAUAAAUUAAAUAGUUGAUAAUAUUGUCGCAAAAAUGUUGACCGCUACGCGGGUGAUUAGCCGCAAGGCUUUGGAGUGCUCCGGCUUUAGUUCAGACAUUUACACACAGAGGAAUUUCUCGUCAAUCCUCAGAAACACCGCAGCCCCCACUGUGCCUAUUUACCAGCAACAUGCUAUCCAGUACAGGAACAAGUCAGAGGGAGUCCGCGGUGCCGUCAUCGGUAUUGACUUGGGCACCACCAACUCCUGUGUCGCAGUCAUGGAGGGCAAGACACCUAAGGUGGUUGAAAACAGCGAAGGUUCACGCACGACCCCAUCCCACGUCGCAUUCAGCAAAGAUGGCGAGCGUCUCGUCGGUAUGCCGGCUAAACGCCAAGCUGUUACGAACAGCGGCAACACUUUUUACGCCACCAAGAGGCUGAUCGGAAGACGCUUUGAUGAUCCUGAAGUCCAGAAAGAUAUGAAGAAUCUGUCCUACAAGGUCGUCCGCGCUUCCAAUGGUGAUGCUUGGGUGCAGGGUAGCGACGGCAAAGUAUAUUCCCCGUCCCAAAUCGGUGCUUUCGUGCUGAUAAAGAUGAAGGAGACCGCCGAAGCUUACCUGAACACCUCUGUGAAGAACGCAGUCAUCACCGUACCGGCUUACUUCAACGACUCCCAGCGACAGGCUACCAAGGAUGCAGGUCAAAUUUCUGGUUUGAAUGUGUUGAGAGUGAUCAACGAACCGACCGCUGCCGCCCUCGCCUACGGCAUGGACAAGACUGAUGAUAAGAUCAUUGCCGUAUACGACUUGGGCGGUGGUACCUUCGAUAUCUCAGUGCUGGAGAUCCAGAAAGGAGUGUUCGAGGUGAAGAGUACCAAUGGAGACACACUCCUCGGAGGCGAGGACUUCGACAACGUUAUUGUCAACUUCCUUGUCGAUGAAUUCAAGCGUGAUCAAGGCAUUGACAUCCGCAAGGACGCGAUGGCCAUGCAGAGAUUGAAGGAAGCCGCUGAGAAGGCCAAGAUCGAGCUCUCCGGGUCUCUGCAGACGGACAUCAACCUGCCAUACCUUACCAUGGACGCUUCCGGACCUAAACACAUGAACCUUAAGAUGACCCGUUCAAAACUGGAAUCCCUGGUAGGUGACCUGAUCAAGCGCACCGUGGCUCCGUGCCAGCGCGCCCUGCAGGACGCGGAGGUCCAACGCGCCGACAUCGGAGAGGUGUUGCUCGUUGGAGGCAUGACUCGUAUGCCUAAGGUGCAAUCAACAGUCCAAGAGAUCUUCGGUCGCGCUCCAUCGCGCGCGGUGAACCCCGACGAGGCGGUCGCGGUGGGCGCCGCCGUGCAGGGCGGAGUCCUAGCCGGUGACGUCACGGACAUCCUUCUACUCGACGUUACUCCUCUUUCCCUGGGUAUCGAGACCCUCGGCGGAGUGUUCACUAAGCUAAUCACAAGAAAUACUACUAUCCCUACGAAGAAGAGUCAAGUGUUCUCUACAGCUGCCGACGGCCAAACACAAGUAGAAAUCAAAGUGCACCAAGGCGAGCGCGAGAUGGCGGCGGACAACAAGUUGCUCGGACAGUUCUCCCUCGUCGGCAUCCCGCCCGCGCCGCGCGGCGUGCCGCAGAUCGAGGUCACCUUCGACAUCGACGCCAACGGCAUCGUGCACGUCUCCGCCAGGGACAAGGGCACGGGCAAGGAGCAACAAAUCGUUAUCCAAUCCUCGGGCGGUCUAUCGAAGGACGAGAUCGAGAACAUGGUGAAGGCGGCGGAACAAUUUGCGGCGACGGACAAGCAACGUCGCGAGCGAGUCGAAGUCUCCAACCAGGCCGAGGGAGUGCUGCACGAUACUGAGACCAAGAUGGACGAGUACAAGAGCCAGUUGCCACAGGACGAGUGCGACAAGCUCCGCGGUGAGAUCGCGAAGCUCCGCGAGUUGCUCGCGAAGAAGGACAGCGCCGACCCGGAGGAGAUCCGCUCAGCCACGUCCACGCUCCAACAGGCCAGUCUCAAACUAUUCGAACAGGCGUACAAGAAGAUGGCAGCAGAGCGCGAAGGUCAACAGCAAACGCAGCAAACUGAACAAAGCCAGGAGAAGAAAGAAGAGAAGAAUUAAAGUGCAAACUAGAUGGACAGGACUCCAUAGUGUACAGACAGUAAAGAUUUAAUUACGUGGCGACAUUAUUAUGACGUCACAACACCCAGAUCAUAUAACCUAUAUGUCUAAAAUGGCUACUAGAGAUAAAAUUUUGACAUGUUUCUCGAUUUAUAGUGUGCUUUUUUUUUGAGGGGGAAAAUCAUCGAAUGACUUCUCCCGUCCUGGGAGCGUCAGACUCAUACUGACUAAGAACCACCCGGUUCCUACUCCCGGUAACCCGUUAGGCCUCCCGUGGCUCAUUUAUGUAGUGCUAGCUUCUGCUAGCGUUGUCGUACGCGUUCCCGUGGUAUAAAGAGUUGCCUCUGUGUUAUUUACAUACCAUAUUCUACCCCUGUUUCUAAUUUCAACGCGAUCCCUUCAGCUGUUUCGACGUAAUUGAGUAACAAACAUACACACACAAAAUCGCAUACUUUUGCAUUUAUAAUAUUAGUAUCUGCCCGCGACUUUGUACGCGCAAUCCCGUUUUGUCCCGUCCCCGUAGGAUUCUUAGAAUUUUUUCUGUCUUAAGAACCUUCUCUUAAACUGUCAAACACCAAGCGGUCACCGGACCGCAACCUAUUGUUCUAUAAUUGUGUCUACAAAACCGGUACUCGACGAGUUAAUAAUAACAAAUACAACAAACGAAGGAUUUGUGAAAUCGGUCCUAUCACACGCGUGAUGCCGUGACCAAGGGAAAAAGGGAGUCAUUUUUAUAUAUUUAGAUAACUAGCUACCCGCCCCGGCUUCG